UUUCGGAGGCAAGCAGCGGUACUGUGAACUGAUUGCAAAACCACCACGGACGUGAGGAAAUAAUUAAGUUCAUUUUUAGACCUUUAUUGAAUGUACCCAUGCCGCUUUUAAGCUGUAUAGACUUGAACAUUGUGAAUGAAUCGACCUCGUUGUCAUUCAGGACCGUACGUUGAGAAAAACAGAGUAGAGGCAAAAAAAAAAAAGAAACGACAAUUUCGGAGGCUGCCUGGUCUGGACCCGGAGGACGAAGCUGACAUCGCCAACAAAUAGCCUAGCUAGGACACGGAACCGAGGAUAAUCUGUCCGGGAAUAACCUUGUCAAUCUCCUGGCGUCGAGUAGAAGAUAAGUUAGCUGGCUUGGUGCGACGAUAACACCUGACUACGGUGACUACUGUCAGUUAAAAAUAGAAGGGAAACAAAACAAGCGUCCAACGGCCGUCCGUCCAGUGUUUUGAGGAUGAACCACCUAUCCCUCAGCGAGCUCUGUUGCCUGUUCUGCUGUCCUCCGUGGGGCGGGGGGGGGGGGCCUGGAGAGGGGGGGGCUAAGCUGUCCUGCCCGCGGGAGCCCACCUACAGCCUCAUCUCCGACGACAGCGGCAGCCGCUGGACGUUGCACCUCCGGUCGCGCCGGGCCCCAGUCCGGUGCACUAGACCCAGCGGGGGCGCCAUCGAGUGGCGUCGACGACCCCGCACCACGAGAGGGAACCGCAUCGCCUGCAUGUUUGUCCGCUGCUCGCCCAGCGCCCGCUACACGCUGCUGUUCUCCCACGGCAACGCAGUAGACUUGGGCCAGAUGAGCAGCUUCUACAUCGGCCUGGGGUCGCGCAUCAACUGCAACGUCUUCUCCUACGACUACUCGGGCUACGGCGCCAGUUCUGGGAAACCCUCGGAGAAGAACCUGUACGCCGACGUAGACGCCGCCUGGCAGGCGCUCCGGUCACGGUACGGCAUCCGGCCAGAGAACGUGAUCGUGUACGGCCAGAGCAUCGGCACCGUGCCGUCGGUGGACCUGGCGUCGCGCUACGAGAGCGCCGCGGUCAUCCUCCAUUCCCCCCUUACCUCUGGCAUGAGGGUGGCCUUCCCCGAAACCAAGAAGACCUACUGCUUCGACGCCUUCCCAAACAUUGACAAGAUCUCCAAGGUGACGUCGCCGGUGCUGGUGAUCCACGGCACCGAGGACGAGGUCAUCGACUUCUCCCACGGCCUGGCGCUGUACGAGCGCUGCCAGCGGCCCGUGGAGCCGCUCUGGGUGGAGGGCGCGGGACACAACGACGUGGAGCUCUACGGACAAUACCUGGAGAGACUCAAACAGUUCGUCGCACACGAGCUGGUCAACCUGUAGAGGACCUGGGGGGGGGGGCGAUGAAGAGGAGACAGGCUUUAAGGAGAGUUUGGAAGAUGAAGGGGGUCAGUGUAAAGCUCAUCAGUUAAAUUUUCUAAGCACAAACUGAUUUGGAAAAACAGAAAAAUGGGUUAAAAUAUCAAAUUUUUCAGUUUUUUCCACCUUGACAAAUUAAAAAAUUGGAUCUUUAACCUGUUUUUCCAAUUUUCUGUUUUUUAUUCGUCUGAGCUCCAAUUAUUCAAUACUGCCAUGGUAUUCGCUCCCUCGUUCCACUUAACUAAGCCCCGCCCCCCCCCCACUCAAAACCAUCAGUUGCACCUCUGACCCCAAAGUCUGUCAGUUUUUAUUUAUUUUCUGGUCCAUAUGCAGCGAAUGAGCUGCAUAUUCCACAAAGUAGAGCAAGAGAAUACCAGGGCAGUAUUAUGAAUAAUUGGAGCUCAGAUGCAAUUUUUGUAAUUUUCUCAAUUUCUGAUCCUCUGAAUAAAAA